UGUCGCAAGUGACAUUUAUCGUACUACGUGUUUACAUUCAUUGUGCUGAGUUGUCAGGAGAAUCUGAAAAAAAUCUAUCGUCGCAGCUCAUAUCAGUUUACUCGUACAGCGAAAAAACCAUCUAGAAGAAAGUACACACAUAUUUAGGAGGAGUUAGUUCAACAAACCAGAGCUUCUAAACUAUAUUUAGGCGAGCGGUUUACAGUCAGAUCACGACGCAAUGUUGGAUUUGUUCACAAUCUUCACCAAAGGUGGAAUUGUCCUCUGGUGCUUUCGGGGAACCGAGCAAAUGUUCGCCCCGUCGGUCAAUGCCUUGAUUCGAAGUGUGAUAUUACAGGAACGUUCCGGUGUCUAUGAUCACAACGGGCUCUCGCUGCAGUACAAGCUGGACAAUGAGUUCGAGUUGGUUUUCGUUGUAGCUUUCCAGAAAAUUCUACAACUUUCCUACAUCGACAAAUUUCUUAGCGAUGUUCAUCUGGAGUUUCGCGACAAAUACAAGAAUGAUUUGAGAUCGGAAAAUCGAAACUAUACAAACUUUGAGUUCCAGGGUGAUUUUACCAGGAUUCUUGAGCAGGCGGAAAAGUGGGGUCGACUUCAGGCAAAGUUGCCGAAGGCUAUGCGUAGCUAUGAGGAGUCCCACAAAUCUAAGAAGACGGUGGCUUCGAUGAUUGAAAGGAAGGGUGAAGAGAAACCAGCUACCAGUGCGAAAAAGUCUGUUAAGAUAGUAGAAAAUAAGACGGAAAGUGUAGAAUUUGUGGCUCCUGUUCAACAGAACGGAGGGAAUGACGAUUUGAUUAUGGAAAAUCGUAAAAAAAUGAUGGAGAAAAUGAACAAGCCGAAAAAUAAGGGCGAUAAACCAAAAUCGCCGAAAAGUCCUCCACCACAGAAGGGCAAGCAGAUGCGAAAGUGGGAGUUGGGCGGUAACUCGAAAGAUUUGGCUGAUUUGGAUCGCUCAAAGGAUAAGCCCGAUGAUGUGCGCAGUGACUUUACUCCGAAUAAUCAAAUGAUCGGUAGCAUGAAAGGUGGUAUACAAGAUCUUGAGGUUGAUAGCGAUAGCGAUUAUUCAGAAGAGGAGGACGAGCAAGAAGUUCAACAAUACGCUAGUCGGCAGGCGGCUCCUGUUGCCAAAAAAUCUGGUGGAAUGUUUUCUCUGUUCAAGGGAUUGGUUGGUUCAAAGAAUCUUACUCGGGAGGACAUGCAACCAGCUUUGGACAAACUGAAGGACCAUCUCAUCUCUAAAAAUGUGGCAGCUGACAUUUCUCAAAAAUUGUGCGAAUCUGUAGCUGUUAAGCUGGAAGGAAAAGUCCUCGGAACCUUCGAUACGAUCGCAGCAACGGUUAAAAAUACCCUUACCGAAGCUUUGGUUCAAAUUCUGUCGCCAAAGCGUCGUGUCGACAUUCUCCGAGAUUGUUUGGAGGCCAAGAAAAACAAGCGACCAUACGUGAUGAGCUUCUGCGGGGUGAAUGGUGUUGGAAAAUCUACCAACUUGGCAAAGAUCUGCUUCUGGUUGAUUGAGAACAAUUUGAAUGUGCUUAUUGCUGCUUGCGAUACAUUCCGUGCGGGUGCUGUUGAGCAGCUCCGCACCCAUAUGAGGCAUUUGAAUGCGCUCCAUCCACCGGAAAAACACGCUGGCCGAAAUAUGGUUCAGCUCUACGAAAAAGGGUACGGUAAAGAUGCUGCUGGUAUAGCCAUGGAGGCUAUUCGACAUGCUCACGAUUCUGCGAUCGAUGUAGUUCUCAUCGACACGGCUGGCCGUAUGCAGGAUAACGAACCACUGAUGCGAGCUUUGGCCAAGUUGAUAAAAGUCAAUGAACCCGAUCUGGUGCUGUUUGUCGGAGAAGCUCUGGUCGGCAAUGAAGCAGUUGAUCAGCUGGUUAAAUUUAACCAGGCUUUGGCGGAUUACUCUUCCAAUGAAAAUCCUCAUAUUAUCGACGGAAUCGUUUUGACGAAAUUUGACACCAUUGACGAUAAAGUGGGAGCCGCUAUUUCUAUGACUUAUAUUACUGGACAGCCGAUUGUUUUCGUUGGAACCGGACAGACCUACACGGAUUUGAAAAAACUCAACGCCAAAGCCGUAGUUCAUGCGUUGAUGAAGUAAAACGAUUGUAUUUCAACAUCCAAAAAUAGUGUUGCAUUCAAUCUUUAGUAGAAACUUUAGCAUCUUCCACCUCAAGUUUUUGCAUUCCCUUGAUAGCUAUUUGAUAUAACAGCAAACAAAUUCGAAAUACACCACCGUAAAAUGUAUAGUUCAUUCCAACUAGUCAAGCAAGUGGAGCAACACAAAUUGAAAACACAUUUAGCUGCCUAACAACGUUGGAUGAUACGUUAAACCUCACAUUUCAUAUACCUACCUACUUCUCUUCAACAGGAAUCUAUGGUCCAAUUUUUCAAGAACUUUAUGUCAAAUAUCGAUGUAUAUUACUCAUUCUUUUUUGUUAAUGGAUGUCUGCACUUCUCUAUCAAUAUGCCUAUUUUGCAUUGUUAUGUUGUCUCUAGAUUGUGGCAGUUUAUUUUUUGUUACUUAUAUGAAAACUCAACCAGUUAAUUGUAGAUACAGACAUGGCAAGUGGGAAGCUAAUCUGAAUUAAAGAAGGAUAUGUUUUUACAACGGAA